UUUCACAGGAUACUUUCAAAUUCAAUUUUUAAUCAUGUUUUUUUCUUUGGAGAAAGUAUUGUAUUUGAAUAAAGAAUUUAGGCUGUGACACACUACUCUUUAUUUGGUGUCAAUUUUCAUUUAGUUUUUACUGAUAUAAGAAUUACUCGCACAAUAAUUGUCGAUAAUAUGACACAUUACCACAAUUAAUCUUCAAAAAUUAAUUUAUGAAUAAUUAAAUAGUAUAGUAAUUUCUCAGACCAUUAGUUACAACCAAGUUACAAUGACUAAAAAAAAAAUAGCUGAAAAUAAUUCCCAACAAGAAAAAAAUGUCCAGUUAACUCCAGAUCUAUGUUGGUUAAAAAAUGAUCUAUCUCAAUCAAUGGUAUUGACCACACCAGUAAAUAGCUUUGCAAAUUAUAAAGAUAUUCCAUUAUAUCCUACAUUUGAAGAUAUAAAAUGUGUCCCUUGCAAUCUUCUUGCUAACAAUAUAAGGAGUCCAUAUAAAAAUUGCUAUGAAUACCUUGACAUAUUUUUUCGUCUUGCGCGUGAAGAUUUUGUUUCAUCAAUAAGAGAUACUAUACAUUUAUUAAAGAAACCUAUAAAAAGUGCGCAAGAACAAAUUGAAAUGAAAAGACUGUGGCUUUAUGAAAAUGUUAAAAUUGUCAAGACUUGUGCUUCUUCAUUAAAAACUUUGUUUUUUUGUUUUGACACACUUGAUAAUGCUAAAAAGUUUGAUUAUGAGAAUAGCAAACGUUUUAAAAAUGGAGCAUUGUUAAUUAUCUCUAAUGACAAAUUUGAAACAUUUACCUUAGGAAUUGUAACUGAUACCAUUAGAUUGAAUAUGGGUAAUGUUGGUGUGGAUAUUUUUGAUUUGAAAAAAGUUAGUAAAUGGCUUUGCAUAGAUAUUUUAGAACCCCCAGCUUUUUAUGAACCAUACAGAUAUGUUUUAGCAGUGUUACAAGACCUAAAUGAGAGAAAUUUUCCAAUGAAAAAUUACAUAAUUUAUGGUAAAAAAUACAUUUCACCUCCACAGUUUUUAAGUGGUGGAUCAACUUACAAAAUAUAUGGAGUUGAAUUUGAUAUUCUUAAAGAUGAUCAAUGGCCUUCUGCUGAUUCAUUACAGAUGGAUAUAAAUCAAUAUGAAGCAUUGAAAGGUGCAUUAACUAAAGAGUUUUCAAUGAUUCAAGGACCUCCAGGAACUGGUAAAACAUAUAUAGGCUUAGAAAUUGUAAAAAUCAUUAUUGAAAAUUUGUAUUUAACUAAAAGAUUGGCAAGCCCUAUUAUGGUUGUUUGUAUGACAAAUCAUGCACUUGAUCAGUUUCUAGAGGGUAUUUGGAGAUCAACCAAAAAUAUUGCUAGGUUUGGUUAUGGUACCAAAAGUGAUAUAUUAGUUGAUUAUGUUCCUCGUAUGAGUAUAGCUCGUCAAGAUUCUUGUGCAGAUAUUUAUGUUGACGCUAAGCGAAGUGUUGCAUCUACGUUAAAAGAGGAAAAUAAAUAUCAAAGUCAUAUAAAACAAAUUAGUAAAAAUAUUGGCAUUCUUAGUUUACGUUCAUUGAUGGAAGUUCUUAUAACAAGAGGUUUUGAUACAUGGUUUAAAGACUCUUAUGAACUGUUAUCUUGGUUAUUUUAUGAUGUUACAGAUGAAAAUGGUGUAAAUGUUGUUGAGUUCAUGAAAUUAAAACAAUUUUUUUCAUCUUGGGGAAAUAAAUCUAAAAAACAAAAUAAAUUAGAAGAUGACGUGUACUGUAUUACACUAACUAAUUUAAAGCAAUAUUAUUGUCAAACACAACGUUUCUUGGAUGAUUUAGAAGACAAUUCCAAUAAAAAUGAUGAGGAUAUUGUUAAAAAAAAAGAAGUGUUAAAGCAUUCAUUGAGAACUAUGAAGUUAAUUGAGAAUCAUUUAAUAAAGAAUUUAAAAUUAUUUCAAUCGACUUCUACUAUUGAGUUUAAUGAAGGUGUUAAACGAGAUUCAAUAGUAAUCCGUGAACGAUGGUUAUUGUAUUUUGAUUGGGUGCGGUUAAAUUUGGUAAUUAAAAAAAAUCAAAAACAAAAUAUUGUAGAUGAUGUUCGACAAGGGAGACGAGAAGUAAAUAAAUAUAAAUCUAUCGGUUAUUUAAAACCAGUUAAAGAUAAAUAUGUUAUUGGUAUGACAACAACUGCUGCUGCUCGAAAUAGAUAUUUGUUGCAAAAUCUUGAAUGUCCAAUUGUUAUCAUUGAAGAAGCAGCAGAAGUACUUGAGCCACAUAUAGUAGCUUCGUUGUCUGAACAUUGUAAACAAGUUAUACUUAUUGGUGAUCAUAAACAGUUAAGGCCUCAAACUGCUAAUCAUUUAAUGGCCAAAAAGUAUCAAUUAGAUGUAUCCCUUUUUGAGCGUAUGGUUAAUAACAAUAUCCCAUCAUAUGUACUCGCUGAGCAACAUCGUAUGAGACCAGAAAUUUCAGGUUUAGUGACUCCAGUUAUUUAUCCAAAUUUAAGAAAUCAUUCAUCUGUUUUAAAUAGACCUCAUAUUAGAGGUAUAGCAUCUGAUGUAUUUUGUAUAACUCAUAAAGCUAAUGAAGAAAAAGAUAUAGAAAUAUCAAGUUUUAAAAAUAGUCUAGAAGCUAAUUUUUUAAUAGCAUUAGCAGAUUAUCUAUUAAAACAAGGGUAUUAUCCAGAAGACAUAACUAUAAUGGCUAUGUACAAUGCCCAAGUUAUUUAUAUUACUAAGCUGAUAAAUAAACCACCUUAUAAACACUUAAAGGAUAUUAGAAUUUCAUCAGUAGAUGGAUAUCAAGGUGAAGAAAAUGAAAUUGUUUUAUUAUCAUUAGUACGUAGUAAUAAUUAUAAUAGUGUUGGAUUCCUAAAAACUAAUAAUAGGGUAUGCGUAGCACUUUCAAGAGCUAGAAUAGGCUUUUAUAUAGUAGGAAAUUUGGAUUUACUUUCUAAAGCUAGUAAACUGAAAAGCAUCAAGAAUUAUUUAUCUAAAAUAAAAUCAAUUGGUCCAAAAUUACUGUUAAAAUGUCAUAAUCACAAUAUCACAUUAGGAGGCGUAUCUGAAGCAAGCCAGUUUAAAAAUGUUUUUGUUAAUUGUAAGUUACUAUGUAAUGCUAAACUUUUAUGUGGUCAUCAGUGUGUUAAAAAGUGUCACUUAGAAGAUAGAGAGCAUAUGAAAUUGGAUUGUCGAAAACCUUGUUCUAGACAGUGUUCAAAAAAUCAUAAAUGUCAGAAACUAUGUUAUGAAGAAUGUAAUAAAUGUGAAGUUUUAAUCAGAGAAAUUAGUUUGUGUGGUCAUAUUAUUGAAGGAAAAUGUUAUGAUUUCAAGAAUAUUCUUUGUCAAACUAAAAUUAAAGUAACAUUAAACUGUGGUCAUGAAAUUGAGAAGUUAUGCUUUGAGCCUUCAGUAUGUGAUAAAAUUUGUAAUAAACCAACUCCAGGAUGUUUAUUUAGGCAUUUAUGUUUAAAAAAAUGUGGUCAAAUGUGUAGUCCAUGUACUGUUUCAAUUCCCAUAAUUUUGAUUUGUGGUCACAUUUCAGAAUUUAAAUGCUCACAAGACAAUAAUUCAGUUGUGUGUAAAAUGAAUAUCAAUAAAAAAUUACCAUGUGGACAUGAAAUAGUAUAUUUUUGUGGUGAAAAUAUAUCUGAUAUAAAUUGUCCUCACGAUAGUCACAAAAACGAAGACACUAUUGAGGACAUGAAUGUGAAAAAAUGUGCAGAAAAUGUUCUAACAAAAAGCAUAAAUCUUAUUCAAAAUAAGUCAUUGAAUACAAAAAGAAGGCAAAGAAACCGUAAUAUAAGAAACACUGCUGUUAAACAAAUACUUCACUGAAGUGCACUAUAGAGUCUAAUUUUUUUUAUGAUAAUAAUUGGUAUAAAAAUGUUAUUGUUAAUUUCUAUUGUUUUAUGUUAUUUUUAAAAUUUUAUGUCAGAUUGUAUGUGUUAAUUCAUUGUUUUUAUUUUAGUUGUUAAUAUAUUCUAAAAUAAAUGUUUAUUUUUUAAUAUUUCUAUUAAAUGAGAAUAAUUUUAUAUA